AUGCUCAAUCCCAUUCUCAGAACUUGGCACCGCACCCUGCGCCUCACCCGCCAACCUUCAGCAUCCUGGCACCGCGCCCGCAUCGCCGAGGAGCUCAAGGAGCGACGUGUCGCAAGAAACCAAUUGGAAAAGCUCAGUGAGACAUCCGAUGUGCUCUUCUCAAUUAGCCGAGCCAGACAUGACGGCUUUGCUAUCCGGCUGCGUCCGUCGGUAUUCUCGCAUCCUUUGGCGUACGGCCAUAUGCUCGCGAAAUUCACGUCUUGGUGGGGAUUCUAUCGAGCCGCUGCGUCGCUCUCAGGUGCCCAGUGGCCAAGGAACGUCCGGGAGGUUGUAAGUCCGGCGAGGGAGGCCAAACUUGAUGAGGUUGCGGCGAGGCAUGGCAUCGACGCGGUGCGGUUCAACGCGGUGCGGUUCCGGAAGAUCAGCAGGAGGAUGCUUCGAAUUUGGCCGCUUCUGCCGUGA